GGGCCGCGAGCCGUGCGCGGUGACGUCACGGCCGGGCGCCGUGGCUAUAAAAGCCCGGUGCGACGGCCACGUUUCUCUUCGUCGCCGGCGUGAGUUGGCAGGCGCGGCGGGCCCUGAGACGCCAGCAUGCCAGUCGCCAGGAGUUGGGUUUGUCGCAAAACCUAUGUCACCCCACGGAGGCCCUUCGAGAAGUCGCGUCUCGACCAGGAACUGAAGCUGAUCGGAGAAUAUGGGCUCCGGAACAAGCGUGAGGUGUGGAGGGUCAAGUUUACCCUGGCCAAGAUCCGCAAGGCCGCCCGGGAGCUGCUGACACUCGACGAAAAGGACCCGCGGCGUCUUUUUGAAGGCAAUGCUCUGCUGAGGCGACUUGUUCGCAUUGGGGUACUGGAUGAGGGCAAGAUGAAGCUGGAUUACAUCCUGGGCCUGAAGAUUGAGGACUUCUUGGAGAGGCGGCUGCAGACCCAGGUCUUUAAGCUGGGCCUGGCUAAAUCUAUUCACCAUGCCCGCGUGCUCAUCCGCCAGCGUCAUAUCAGGGUCCGCAAGCAGGUGGUGAACAUCCCGUCCUUCAUUGUCCGCCUGGACUCCCAGAAGCACAUUGACUUCUCCCUCCGCUCUCCUUACGGUGGUGGACGCCCAGGCCGCGUGAAGAGGAAGAACGCCAAGAAGGGCCAGGGUGGUGCUGGGGCUGGUGACGAUGAGGAAGAGGAUUAAGUCACUCCUCCCCAGACUGCAGAGUCAUCCAGAUUUCCAGUUGACUAAUAAAACAGAAUUAAUUAA